AUGGAAACAGUGAACAUCACGUGCUCCCACAGAACGGCAUCAUCUUCAUCAUCUUCGUCAUCUUCAUCUUAUUCAUCAUCUUCGUCAUCUUCAUUCUCUUUGUCAAAACCGCUAAAAAGUGUUGUCCUGAUGACACUGGCCAAAUAUGGACGCAUGGAGUUGGGCAAGUGCGUCCAGAGAAACUUGGGAUUCCUGGGAUGUUUCGAUGACGUUACCAAAGUACUGGAUGAAAGAUGUUCGGGUAGAGAAAAAUGCAUCUUCAAACUUCCAGACCCAAUCAUGUUCACUUUCCAGACCUGCCCUCACGAUGUAACGCCAUACUUGCAUGUCGAAUAUUCCUGCCUGCCUGUUGAAGAUGAUGGGAACAUCUGCCAGAGCCAAACAGUAAAAUCCACUCUUCAGUCUCAGUACAUCUCUAGCGAAAUUCUCACAAGUGAAAUUGAUAAAAAGGACAACAGGCGUGUUAAUACAAAUUUGAACAAUUUUGUAUCAUCAAGCUCGAACUGUGCAUUUAUAAUCGAAGCCUCGCCAGGACAGCAAAUCAACUUGACCAUCUUAAACUUUUUCAGCAACCAAUAUAUUUCCAAGAACAACAACUACAACGGCGCUAAUAAAAACAUCAUCAGCGGCAACAACCACAGAAUCAACAGUUCUACAGCGCGUGCAGAUGACAAAGUGGAUAUUUUCCACUACCAACCGGACGCACCUAAGACAUCAUCGAUCGCAAGGCGACACGAGCCCCUGACUCCAAGAGAUGAUAAUUACGAUGAAAAAGAAGUUGGUUUCUAUCGAAAUGACUCUUCUGUAUUUAAAAAUCUCCAACAAAUUGUCAAGACCAAUUCAAUAAAUCUAUCAGUUUUCAACACAUCAACAAAGUUUCUACAAAUUAAAAAGAGAGAUUUAUCUGAACUGUUUAAUCCCAGCAAAACUUUCAAAAUAGCGCCAAAUCGGCAGACACCUGUUCCUUCGAAUCAUCCUAACUCUCCACUGCAUCUGGCCCAAGUUGCCUCAUCUCCAACGUUAACUCGCGAACGCUUCCCACCACAUCACUCACCAUAUCAGCAAUCUUACUUCCAACAUUCUCAACAACUCUGCAUCGUGUUAGGUUACGCCAUCGAAAUUGUACCAGACACGCACAACAACAACAACCACAACAACGUCUACGAGAAGAACAACAAUUUAAAAGUGAAGCGCAACGUAAAUUACACUUCAAGUGAGUUGACAAACAAAUCUCAACUAAGAAACAAACAUGAUGAAAACGUCAAGAAAUUCCAGGCAAACGUAGAAAGAAGUCAGCAGCCUGAGAGACAAAAAGAAAUUACUUUCAGACGGGAGGAAAAAACCUUCCUAUGUUCUGCAUCGACUAAAAGAUUUUUUUUGGCACCAUCUGGUCGCAGGCAUAUUCACACAUCGCUCGAGUACCCUUUAAAAAUUCCACGAUCCACAACCUAA